ACUUGGAAACAAGAAAACUUACAAAGGGAAAUAAAAAAGAAUAUAAACACAGAAAUACAACAAAUAAUAUGGGAACAACUCAGCUUAACAGCGAAUUCGGCGAAGAAUUCGCCGAUAAAAAAGUUCAUCUCGAAAGUGAGGUAGAUCAAACUACUGACAAUCAGGAAAGUGGAAGUGAAUCGGAACCAGAAGUUUACUUUUUGUUCUCGCAUCGUGGUAGAAAACACGAUCCUCGUGGCGAUAAAAGGAUGGGCUUGUUUGGGCCGUUUAGUCCUCGUGGUCCCAAAGGUUUUGGUUUCCCUUUUCACGAUGAACCACGUAGAAUUGAUCGUCAUCCUCAUGAAAGACCUCAUGACGCAAGUAAUGGACGUCGUAUCCCCCCUCACGACCGUGGAUUUAGACACAGACCCCAUGCGCGCAACCCCGAAAAGGACGGGUUCACUGAAGCAAUUGAGGGUGAACGCGGUCAUAGUCCUCACAGAGGUAUGCGUAGAUUUGGCCCUGGCCCUCAUGGAAAGCGCGGAUCUUCUUUAGAAAGUGAUUCCGAAUUUCAUCGUGAACCUAGACAUCAUGGUGAUCAUAUUCGUCGUCCUCAUGGUUUUGGCCCUCGUAAACAUAGAUACGGGCCUCGAAACGAUUCUUGCGUUAGCUCCGAGACCGAAGAAUAUACCCAUUUCCCGUCUUACCAUCUUCCUCGGGAACGUAGACACAGAUCUCGGGGUGGUCCUCGUGACGGAUUUGAAAGCGAAGAACAAAUUCAUCUUCCUCGGGAACGUAGACACCGAUCUCGUGACGGAUUUGAAGGCGAAGAACAAAUUCAUUUUCCUCGGGAACAUGGACACAGACAUCGAGGUGGUCCUCAUAACAAAUUAGAAAUUGAAGAGCUUAUUCAUCAUCUUUUCCAGGAUUAUCAUCACCGUGGGCACGGUAUCGGUCCUCGUGGAAGAUUCGAAGCCGAAGAGAAUGCAAAACACAGUAAUAGGAAUUCAGGAUCUCACAAAUAUGGUCAUGGACCUCAUCGAAGAUUUGAGGCUGAAGGAAGCGUGAAAGAAUUUCAUGGUAAACAUGAGCAUCGUGAUGGACACCCUUCUCUUGGAAAUGAACAUGGGCGCAGAGGUGAGCGUGGACCCCGCGGUAUUUCUUCACGAGGACGUAAACACACCAGACUUGAUAGGAAAUCGGGAUAUUUUUCUAAUAAUUCCGAACAUCGUGAUCCUCAUAGAAAUGGAUUUGGUCCCAGUGACAGCCGUAAAUUUGAACAUGGCAGACAUAGACCUGAUGCAGAACAUAAAAUAAGACACCACCGUGGUAGUCACGAAUUUGAACGCGCUAGAAACGGACCUGAAUCACACUACGUGCACGAAGCUUUUAAAAAUAAUCGAGGUGGCUUCGACCUUCGAGGAAGACAUAAGUUAGAAAACGCUAGACCACAUUUGCAUCGUCAUGUACCUGGGCAUAGAAUACGUCAAGCUCCCCAACUUGCGGAAAAGAUUGCACUCUUAAACUCGAUGGGUUUUCCGUCCGAAAAUAAUGCUCAUUAUGAGGAAUUGUUGAAAAAAUUUAAUGGAAGAAUUGAUGAUGGGAAUGAGGACAGUGGAAAUGAAGGCAGUGAAAAUGAAGGGGAUGAAGAGAAUGGUGACGAGAAUAAUAAAACGCUGGAAGGUUAUGACAUUGUUGGGGAGAGAGCUGACAACACUCAGAUUUAA